CAUAUAUAUACAAGGUCGAAUCUAAUAACUACAUAUCUACCCAUCAACUCAUUAUAAAAAACAAGUAAUAAUUCAGUUAUAGUCUAAUAUAUGUCAUAUAUAUAUAUAAGUUCGUCUCAAUAAAAUUAGAAAUUAGUGAUGUAAAACCUAAAGAUGUGUGGAAAUAGAUCAUAGAUGAAGCAAAACACAAAUAUAAUGGUUUCCUACAUCCAUUGGAAUUCAUCCCUUUGAUCAGAACAACAUUCACAUCCCCAUGGACGCUCCGCUCUGGUGACACUUAACUAUCAUGGUUGCCAUUAUGGCCUCCGGCAACAAAGGGGGUGCUGCCAUUUCCGAAUCAUCAGAAACUGCAGCACUUCUAGCUAAAGAAGAAACCCCUCUUCUUGAAAACUCAAAAUCUUGUCUGCCCAAGACCUUUGCCAAUUUCUUCAUUGCUAUUGUUGGUGCUGGAGUUCUUGGCCUCCCUUAUACAUUUAUGAGGACUGGUUGGAUCACUGGCCUUCUCACGCUUUUCUCCAUUGCUGCUUUAACUUAUCAUGGCAUGAUGCUUCUCAUUCAUACAAGGAGGAGACUUGAUCUUUCCCUGAUUGGUGAUUCCAAGAUCUCCUCCUUCGGGGAUCUUGGUUUCGCUGUUUGUGGUCCAACAGGCAGGUUUGUUGUUGAUAUUAUGAUUGUCCUCUCUCAAUCUGGAUUCUGCGUAGGAUAUCUCAUUUUUAUUGGCAAUACUUUAUCUCGCUUGUCAAAAGGUGGUCUUGGGAUUCCUCCAUUUUCCUCUGCCAAGAGUUUGUACAUUUGGGGUUGUUUUCCCUUUCAAUUGGGAUUGACUGCUGUUCCCUCAUUGACACUUUUAGCUCCCUUGAGUAUAUUCGCUGACAUCGCACAGGUCGGCGCUAUGGGUGUCGUUAUGGUUGAGGAUGUGCAGACUUUCACAAACAAAUGGCCAUCGGAUAUAGAGGCUUUCGGGACACUUUCUACCUUCUAUUAUGGUUUGGGUGUGGCUCUUUAUUCAUUUGAAGGGUUGGGAAUGGCCAUACCUUUAGAGACAGAGAUGAAAGACAAGUCAAAAUAUGGGAAAAUAUUGGCAUUGUCAAUGUUCUUAAUUGCAUUGAUGUACGGAACAUUUGGCGUCAUGGGUUAUUUUGCAUUUGGUUCAAGUACAAAGGAUAUAGUCACGUCCAAUAUGCAGAAAGGACUAUUGAGCACAACUGUAAAAUUGGGGCUUUGCAUUAAUUUGUUCUUCACCUUUCCCUUGAUGUUGAAUCCAGCUUUUGAGGUGUUUGAGAGGAGGUUCUCUAAUGGAAACUAUUGUGUGUGGAUGAGAUGGAUACUUGUUUUGGGAGUGACUAUGGUGGCUUUGUUGGUUCCAAAUUUUGCUGAUUUCAUGUCAUUGGUUGGUAGUAGUAUUUGUUGUGCUCUCGGGUUCAUUUUGCCGGCAUUAUUCCAUUAUCAAGUAUUCAAAGGGGAUAUGGAUCGAAAAGGAGCACUUAUGGAUUUGGGAUUAAUAGCCUUAGGAGUGUUUUUUGGUGUUUCUGGUACUUGGUAUUCCCUACUCGAGAUGCUCUCUCAAGCCAAGAAUGUUUAAUAUGUUCAUUCAUCAUUUAUUACUAUAAUUUUAUGAUUCUUGAAAAAACAAAAAAAAACAAUAUAAAGCCUUAAAUAUAUCCACGUAAUAAAAAUAUUAUUAAUAAUUUAGAGUUAACAUUAAUUUUAUUACUCCUAUAUAUAAAAGUAAGGACUAAUUUUAACUAAUAAGAUGUUAGUCAUUUGCUUGCAAUGGUUUUCUUUUAACAAAAAAAUAAAAUUGAGGGAAGGGGAAGGGAUUACAAUGUGGAAAAUCUUAGUAGUUUAGUUGGUUAGUUACCUGAAUUUCCAGUAUGAUGAUAUGAUAAAAAGUUUUAAAAUAUUUUUAACAAAAUGUAGACAAUUUUUUUUUCUUUUUAAUUUAAUUUAAAUAUUUUAUCUUUUAUAAUUUUUAAUAUUAUUUUAAGUGAAAUUAAAAUCAUAAAAUUCAUAUCAAAUUUUUGAGGCCUCAAAAUUUUAACACUCUAAAGCUAACGCUUUACUAGGCUUGCCUUGAGCCACCUGUGGCAAUAUGCCAAUAUAUGUUGUCUUGGCACCCAACUAACAUAAUUUAUUUCUGUAUUCCUUCCAAGUAAAAGACCAUAUAAUGGUAUUGUUUCUAGUUCCAACUUCCAAAAGACAAUGCAAUAGACUUUUUUACCCUCAGUUAAACUAAAUAUGGCUAUUCCAAGCUAAGAUUGUUGGUGGUAGUAUUUAUAUAUAUAUUUUUUUUUGGUUUCCCAAGUAUCCCCACAGCCGGCAGUCGUGAGAGUAAUUCUCCGUUCCUUCGGUCAGCGCACUAAACGGUAGACAACUAACCGCAAAGUUUGCUCCAUACCUCUUGCUUAAGGGGUGAGAUGCUGAACCACCACACCAACCCUUGUGGUUGGUGGUAGUAUUUAUAUUGCCUACAUGUACUAUAGCAUUCAUUUCAUUUCUAAUUAUCUAUCCUCUUGUUCUAAAGUAGUUUUCAAAUUUGAAUAUAUUUCAAAACUAAAUGAGAUAAGUAUUCAAUAUCUUUGAAUUAAAGAUAAAGUUGUUACGAUACUCUUUAA